AUGUGCACCACAUCUACUGCUGAAGACUACAUCCAAAGUUACUGCCCUCUAUCCAUAAUGUCCCUUGUUAACAAGCCAAAGACUGUUGAAGUAGAGGAGACUCGCAUCCACCGUAUUCGCAUUACGCUUACGAGUCGUAACGUGAAGAACCUGGAAAAGGUGUGUGCUGAUCUCAAGCGUGGUGCUGUAGACAAAAACCUCAAGGUUUCUGGUCCUGUGCGUCUUCCUACCAAGAUCCUGCGUCUGACCACGCGCAAGUCGCCUUGCGGUGAGGGUACCAACACGUGGGACCGUUUCGAGAUGCGCAUCCACAAGCGUAUCAUCGACUUGCAUGCCCCCCUCGGACAUUGUCAAGCAGAUCACGUCCAUCUCUAUUGA